AUGGAUGAUGCGGAUUUUGUGGUCAAUGUGGGAUCGACUGAUACUAGAAUAGAUGGUGUUGGAUCGAAUGUGCCGAUUAUUGGGAUGUUGUUUCAAUCUGCAGAUGAAAUGUUUGAGUAUUACAAGGCAUAUGGACAAGUUAAGGGAUUCUCUAUUAAGAGGAGAUCAUUAACCAGGGAUGCAAAUGGCGUCUAUCGAUAUCUUGUAUUUUCCUGUGGGCGGUCUGAUAAGUACAUUAGCCAUUCGAAAAAUCUUGUCAAUCAUCGGGCUAAUUCCAAGAAUGAUUGUAAGGCCAGACUUGUUGCUCGGUUAUCUGCAUGUGAGAAAUGGGAGAUUACACAAUUAAAUGAUGUGCACAAUCAUAAUCUGAGCCCUACACAUUCUAGGUUCUUUACUUGCAAUAGAGAGAUUAAUCCACACGUGAAGAGACAGUUAGAGAUAAAUGACAUUGCAGGGAUUAGGCCAAACAAGAGUCACAAUUCUUUUGUAAUUGGAGCUGGUGGUCAUGACAAUUUGAAAUUUUUGGAACGGGACACUCGCAAUCAUCUUGCUCAUUUGAGGUGUAUGCGUCUUGGUGAGGGUGAUGCAAAUGCGGUUCAGAUGUAUUUCACUAAGAUGCAAGCUAACAACCAUGGGUUUUUUUCACUAAUUGAUUGGGAUGAGGAUGGUAGACUGAGAAAUUUGUUUUGGGCGGAUCAACGCAGUAGGGCUGCAUACCAUGAGUUUGGUGAUGUAGUUACUUUCGACACGACAUACCUAACAAACAAAUAUGAUAUGCCGUUUGCUCCUUUCGUUGGGGUUAAUCACCAUGUUCACUCUAUAUUAUUAGGAUGUGGACUGAUAUCUGGCGAGGAUACAGAAACUUUUGUAUGGCUUUUUAGAACUUGGCUUGCUUGUAUGGGUGGUGUUCCUCCUUCAGGUAUUAUCACUGAUCAAGAUAGGGCAAUGAAGAAUGCGAUACAGUUCGUAUUUCCAACAACUCGCCACAGACUAUGUCUAUGGCAUAUUAUGAAGAAAUUGCCUAAAAAAUUUGGUUCACAUCGUGAAUAUGAGGGUAUAUCUCGUUUAUUACACGCCGCUGUUUAUGAUACACACAGUAUUGAGAAUUUCGAAGAUGCGUGGCGUACAUUGGUUGGAAGAUAUAAUCUGGAAGGAAAUGCAUGGCUAUCUUCUUUGUAUUUAGAUAGGGAGAUGUGGGUGCCUAUUUUUGUACGAAAAUACUUUUGGGCUGGGAUGUCUACAACACAGCGAAGUGAGAGUAUGAACGCAUUUUUUGAUGGGUACGUUAACUCAAAGACUACGCUAAAGCAGUUUGUGGAACAAUAUGAGAAUGCUUAG